AUUCAGCCAGCUGAGCGCAAAGGUGGAGGAAGCGAAAAUUGUGCGCAAAUUGGUAAUUUCUUAAAAGGUCACUUAUAUAUUCCAAUAAUGGAUGAGGAGGAGUAUCUGCACCGCUUCGGCACUCCCUUAGAACCGCUCGAAAAGGAUGAGGUGCCCGCCAAGAAGCCGUUGAUGAUUGAGGAUCAAAUUGUGAAGGAUGAAAAUGGUAAGCGGCGAUUUCAUGGUGCAUUCACCGGCGGCUUUAGCGCCGGUUUUUGGAACACAGUCGGCUCACUGGAGGGCUGGACACCACAGAAUUUCAAGAGCUCGCGCGGCGAAAAGGCCAGCAAAGUGCAACAACGCCCAGAAGACUUCAUGGACAAGGAAGAUCUGGGCGAAUUUGGCAUUGCUCCACAGGGCAUACGGACGCGCGAUGAAUUCGCCAAAGAGAGCGAGCAGGAACAGCGCACCGGUCAGCGUAAACGCAAACUAAUGCAGCCAGAAGUCACUGGGCCAAUACCUGGAGUGCCUGUGCUUGAGCAACUGUUGCGUCCCGUACGCGAUAAGGUUGCCGUGCGCAUACUGAAAAGCAUGGGCUGGAAGCCCGGCCAGGGUGUGGGUCCACGGCAAACGCGUAAGGAAAAGCGCCUGGCAACCACUCGCAAUCAGAGGGAAAAGUAUCUGCUGGAGCACUACGGGGCCGAAGGAUUGCCCAACAAUGAUAAAUCAAGAAACUCUGAGUGUGAUGACGACGAGAACGAGGAAAACGAAGAAGAGGAUGAAGAAAUAACCUUUGCUCCUGAUGAUUAUGAACCUGCAUUUUAUACACCCAAAGACAAUCGCUUUGGCAUGAGCUACUCUGGACUGAGUCGUGCCCCAGUGCUGUCCAAGGCCAGCGACAUAAGUGGAGCGCCAAUGCAACAUAUUAAUCUCUUUGGCCAACUGGAGAUGGCGGCCAAGCAGAAACAGUUGUCUAUACGCGGCCAAGCAUUUGGCGUGGGUGCCUUCGAGGAGGAAGACGACGACAUCUAUGCCAGGGACGACAUGACGCGCUACGACUUCUCGCUGGCCGACAAACAGCCGAAGCAGAAGAAGACUCAACACGUCCAGCAACGCCAUGUCAUUGAUGGCUUCUGCGAAGACAAGCGCAAUACCACCCACACCAAACCAUUUGCUAUCGAUUUGCCCCGUGACUUUCAACCACGCAAUUGGUUGCUGCGCCGUAGUCGUUUUACUCCCCUCGAUGCGGAGCGUGCACGAAAACUGGCCGCGACAACGGAGCAUAAGAAAGCCGGCCUGGGCAGGCACGAUCUCAAUCCGGAGCAGCGCGCUCAGCUGCUGGGUGAGUCACAGGCGAAAAAGAACCCGUUCAAGACGGGAACGAGUGUCAGUAGCCAACAGGAACGCGGCAAAUCUUUACUGGAGCUCAUUAGCUCCAAGAGCAAUAACUUUACAAAGGGUGGCCUCAUCACCACAACUGGAGAGGAGCAGCCAACAACAACGCCGCCGCCAGAACUCAGCAAAGAGCUGCAGCAAUCUAAUUCGGUGAUUUUGGAGCAGGCUACCGCCAAAACCAAAAACUUGGCUUCCAGCACGCCCACCACCGGAUUCAAGCCCUUCCUGGCUGAUGAGGCUAAGCAGCUGCGCUAUGAGAAGUUUCUGGCCUCCAAUCUGCAAGAUGACACAGAGAUCACAGCAUUUCUGGCCGACUUGCAACCGGUGACGCUUUCACUGUGGGAUCGCGAAAUGGAAAAAAAGGAAUUUGUACAAGCCGCGAAAAUAUAUAGACCGCUGGCUGGUCUUAUGCUCGAUAGAUUCGUCUCUGAGGUGACGGUGCAGGCGCAGAAAGCGCAGGUGUCAGUUCAGCCGGCGGAACAACGUAAAAUUGCUAUGGAACGCACAAAGACGAUGUGGAAACCUAGCGCAUUGCUGUGUAAGCGCUACAAUAUUGCGGAACCCUUUGGUGGUGCUCUACCGGAUGCCGAAAAGGAACCAAAAGCCAAGUCUAAAAUGUCUAUAUUCGAUUACUUGGAAACUUCGAUCAAUACCAAAGAAAAUUUCCAAACUCCCAGCAUAAUUCCCAAGCACAUAGAGGUGUCCAAGCAGCAGAAGCGACUAACGCCAUCGCUGCCACCUCCUCCUGAUAAGGAGGAGGAGCAGCAGCAAAUAAAGGAGCAACCAGGUUUGUCUGUAGAACCGAAGCAGGCUGCGGCAGCGGUCAAGCCUACUUUUGUACCGAGAACGCCACUAGAGCACGCUGUGGAUGCGGCGCGCAAUAAACCAAUUUCGGAAAAGGUUGAUCUCUUCAAGAGCAUAUUCGACGACGACGACGAGGAUCAGAUGGAUACAGCACCAGCUGAGGAGGAGCAGACCGCUGAUGAAAAAUUGGCUGCUAUGCAGGCUGCCCUCGGUUUGCCCAUCGCUGGCACAUCCGCGGCUGCUGCCAAUGUGUUGCGCAAUACCUCGCCACCACGUGGCAUAUUUGCGGCACUGUUUAAACCAGCGGAGAAGCAAGAAGAUAAGCCAGCAGAGACGGCGCCAACAAAGUUUGCGCCAAUCGAAGGCAACAAAUUAAAAAUCGCGUACAAAUCACGCGAAGAGCGGCUGAGAAAUGACAAGGAACUGGCCAUGGCUGAAGUGCCUGCCGAGCAACUCUAUGGACCACGGUUACCAAUCAGUCAGCCAAAGCAAAAAACAGCGAGCUGUGCCGAGGCCAGCAUCGAUGCCAAGCUGCAACAGUUGUGGCAACAGCAUGCUCCCAGUAAACGUAAAACUGAGAAUUGGGUAGAACGCAUGAUGAGCAGUAGUGAUGAUAGCGAUGAGGAUAGCAUCGACUCUAGUAGCAGCGACGGCAGCAACGCCAAGGCAAAGAAAUCAAAGGCCAAAAGGUCACACAAGAAGGCCAGCUCCAAAAAGUCCAAGAAAUCUAAACAGAAGUCAAAGAAAAAGUCUAAGAAGAGCGACAAGCACAAGAAAAAAAAAAGCAAACAUUAAGAUUAAGUUAUUGAAUUAAGAUCUGAAAGGAAAUUGUAAAAUCGUUUCGAUUCUUGAUAUUUAUUUUAGUGCAGAACUGAUAUUAAGAUUAAACA